UAAUGCAAAAUUAGAGUCACCGUUAGAAAGCACCUUGGCAGGUACUAACAGUCAUGGUGUGAUUGUUUCCUCACCUUGGCAAUGAAAAUCCAAAUACGUGUGGUGCUGAGCAAUCCUCCAAGCACAAGAAGGCAGUUGAACAUUAAUGAUCAUUUUUUUAUAAAUGUCACUAUAUAAGUCCACCUAAAACACAAAUAAGGGAUUUAGGGCGUUUUUAAAACGCCCGGUCCACCCCCCAAAAAAAAAAAAAUUCAAAUAGUAGCAUAUUCCUUUCAUGAAAAGAAUAUGUACCCGUUUGUUUCCACUUUUUGAGUCCAAAAAUGGCGUUUUGAAAAAAGCUCAGCACUCUCUCUCACGCCCCUCAUCUCUCAUCUUUGCUCUCCCUUCGCAGUUUGCACGACGCCUCUAUCUCUUCUCUCUGCCUUGCUCUGCCCUCUCCGUACCAAAAACACUGAUCUGCUACCAAAAACCAGAAGGAACUUGUUAUCUCACCAAAGCCCUACCUCUAUAGAUGGAAGGAGCAGUGGGUAUAGGAAAUCAUCAAGGAUCAAAUGCUUCAACAGAAAUAGGGAGUGAAAAUACUGAAAAUCAAAAGGAAGCAAACACUUCAAAUGAAAAAAAAAUUCAAAAUGAACGAUUGGUUGACGACCUCAAACUAAUGAUUAAAGAGCCAGUGCCUCCAUUAUCAAUUGAAGGUCAUAUCAGAAGAAUUCCAGAUCACCUUCGCCAAGUGAAGGAAAAAGCCUACACUCCUACGACUAUUUCAAUUGGCCCUAUUCACCACUGCAAAAAUAAAUUUCAAAUCAUGGAAACGUGUAAGGUACGGUAUUUUAAGAGUUUCAUUUCCCGGACCAGGAUAAACUCGGAGAAUUUAGUAAGCACUAUAAGUGACAUGGAAGAAAGAAUUCGAAGUUUCUAUGUAGUGGCUACUUUGCCCUCCAGGCAUGAAUUCGUGAAAAUGAUUCUGGUGGAUGCGGUCUUCAUUCUUGAGCUGUUCUAUAGAGAUAGUAAAGAAGAUAAGGACAUGAACGAUCUUAUUUUAACGGGCCAAUCAUGGCCUAUAAAAUGUGACUUGAUGUUACUUGAAAACCAGAUUCCAUUCUUUGUUUUUGAGAAACUAUCCGACCUUAUUCCCUGUCCCUCAAACUCUUAUCCUUUCAUUCGCCUUACCUUUUCGUUCUUUAACUAUUUCAAUGUUGAGAAAAUAAUAGACCCGAUUGGGGAAAUAAAACACUUCACUGAUUUGAUUAGAACCUUUCAAAUACCUCAACUAAUAUUCCUACCGGCAAGGCGAAGUACUGAAAAGUUUACACUUUCCUUCUCCGCAACACAACUGCAUGAGGCAGGAGUGAAGUUUAAGGUGAGUUCAAGCAAAUGCUUAGCAGACAUAACAUUCGAAUUCGCAAACGGAGUGUUGGAAAUCCCGUGCUUAGAGUUAUAUGAUGGGACGGAAACUCUUAUUCGAAAUGUUAUGGCAUUAGAGCAAUAUUGUUACCCGACAAACAGAUACGUUACGGAUUACUUUGGCUUCUUGGAUGACCUUAUCAACACUACCGAAGAUAUGGAUUUGCUUUGCAAUAACAAAAUCGUGAUUCAUCAUCUAGGCGAAAACAAUGCAGCAACAUCCUUUUUCAACAAUCUUAACACAAAUAUCACAAUACCAGGUUUUUACUCAAAUUACAAUGAUAUUUGUCAAAAUUUGAAUAAAUUCUGUGAGAAACCUUGGCACAAAUGGAGGGCAAUGUUAAGGCAUCAAUAUUUUAGCACUCCAUGGAGAGCUGCUUCUACCAUCGCUGCUAUUAUCCUUCUGGUGUUCACGUUCAUACAAACAGUAUGCUCUAUUAUCCAAAUAGUGCCUAUUGUUUGAUUGCUUCUCAAUAAAUUUUUAUCAGAUACGGUGCAAGUGCAGUGUGUGCAAUGUGUGGUUAGUACGUGGGCUCAUGAAGCACAUGCACGUUGAGCCAGAGUUGCCGAUCGAUUGCUUGAUGAGUACAUAGAUUACUGUAGAUUUCUUAUCUUCUCUGAUUGUCAUCUACUUUUUAUCUAAAUAAAGCUUAGAUAGGAUUGUUA